ACUCUCUCGCCAACAAAGCGGGAGAGAGAGAGAGAGAGAGAGAGAGAGAGAGAGAGACACCGAGAGAGGGAGAAUGGCGGCUUCCGUACCUCAGUUUAAUGCUUCUCCCUGCUCGGCCGCGCGUAAAUCGAAAUCUCUCCGUCGGAAACCCAGAAGAAUCGACGGGCAUUUUUCACACUUCAUGGUAUGUUCGUCAUCUGCAUCGGAUAACUCAUCGUCGUCGUCGUCUGCUGCUGCUUCCCAUGUUCUGAAACCACGCCGCCACUCGGAGGAAACUAUUCGCGACGAAGCCCGCCGCCACAACAGCUCCUCCAACAACCAUGGCUUCUCCGCCAAAUACGUCCCGUUCAACGCUGAUUCCUCGUCCACCGAGUUCUACUCCCUCGAUGAGAUCGUCUACCGCAGCCGAUCCGGUGGCCUCCUCGACGUUCAGCAUGACAUGGCCGCUCUCAAGAAGUUCGACGGCAAUUAUUGGAAAUCCCUCUUCGAUUCCCGCAUCGGUAAGACCACUUGGCCCUACGGUUCCGGCGUCUGGAGCAAGAAGGAGUGGGUCCUCCCGGAAAUCGACAGCGAUGACAUUGUCAGCGCUUUCGAGGGAAAUUCCAAUCUUUUCUGGGCUGAGAGGUUCGGCAAACAGUUUCUGGGCAUGAGUGAUCUCUGGGUGAAGCAUUGCGGGAUCAGCCAUACUGGGAGUUUCAAGGAUCUGGGCAUGACCGUUCUGGUCAGCCAAGUGAAUCGGUUAAGGAAGAUGAAUCGACCUGUUGUUGGUGUUGGCUGCGCUUCCACUGGGGACACUUCCGCAGCUCUCUCCGCCUAUUGCGCUUCCGCUGGGAUUCCAUCCAUUGUGUUCCUCCCAGCCAACCGCAUCUCGAUUGCCCAGUUGGUUCAACCCAUCGCCAACGGGGCUUUUGUUCUUAGCAUUGAUACCGAUUUUGAUGGGUGCAUGCAGUUGAUUCGUGAGGUUACUGCAGAACUGCCCAUCUAUCUUGCCAACUCAUUGAACAGUCUGAGACUUGAAGGCCAGAAGACCGCUGCCAUCGAGAUACUUCAACAGUUUGAUUGGGAAGUACCCGACUGGGUCAUUAUUCCAGGGGGAAACCUGGGGAAUAUCUACGCUUUCUAUAAGGGUUUCCAUAUGUGCAAAGAAUUAGGGCUUGUUGAUCGGAUCCCUAGGCUUGUUUGUGCUCAAGCUGCGAAUGCCAAUCCGCUUUAUCUGUAUUUUAAUUCAGGGUGGUCUGAGUUCAAGCCAGUGAAAGCUAAUACCACUUUUGCCUCUGCUAUACAGAUUGGAGAUCCGGUUUCAAUAGAUAGAGCCGUGUAUGCUCUACAGAAUUCGAAUGGGAUUGUCCAAGAAGCGACUGAAGAGGAACUGAUGGAUGCCAUGGCCCAAGCAGAUUCUACUGGCAUGUUCAUAUGUCCUCAUACUGGUGUUGCGCUGUCUGCGCUGAUUAAGCUUAGAAAUAGUGGGGUUAUUGGACCUACGGGUCGAACGGUGGUGGUAAGCACGGCUCAUGGACUGAAAUUCACCCAGUCUAAGAUUGAUUACCACUCGAAGGAGAUUCCAGACAUGGCUUGCAGGUUUUCUAACCCGCCUGUGCAUGUCAAGGCAGAUUUCGGGUCAGUUAUGGAUGUUCUAAAAAAGUAUUUAUCGAGUAAGAAUUCAAAAUGUUAGAUCUUUUAACUUCUAUAUUUGGUUUUAGCCUUUGAGGUUAUUGUUAUUGCAAUGUUUAUCCAUUCCCUUCUUUGAUUUUUCUUUGAAGGAUUGGAAAUGAUUCAUGCCUUGGGGUUUAGGCAGAGGAAAACAAUUUUGUAAUGCCCAUCGGAUUUAUUUUCUAUGCAGUGUUUCUUAUUGGACCAA